AUUCAUCCCAAAGCUAGCAACUCCUUUUUAUUCCCACUCUCUAUCUCAUACUGUCUAAUUUUCAACCACUCAGAAACAGAGAAUACGCUUCUUGCCCCCACCCCAUCCACUUUAGUCUAUAUUCAAUCUUUCUCUGGAAGUCUUAGCUAGCAUUAAUGGGGAAUUGUCUUAAACUUCCUCCUGCAGCAGCCAAGAAUCUGUCCAAGAAGAGCAAGGCUCUGCCCAUUGAAAACAUUUUCAAGCUCCCCUCUCCAAUACCAGUUUGGCCAAAGGGUGAUGGAUUUGCAAGUGGAAUCAUCGAUCUCGGAGGAUUACAAGUGUGUCAGAUAUCAUCUCUAAACAAAGUUUGGGCAACCCAUGAAGGUGGUCCAGACAACCUCGGCGCUACGUUUUUCGAACCCUCACGGAUGCCUCAAGGGUUCUUUAUGCUGGGCUGCUACAGCCAGCCCAACAACACGCCCUUCUUCGGGUGGAUUCUUGUAGGGAAAGAUGACGGCUCAGGUGGAGCUCUAAAGAAGCCACUUGAUUACACUCUUAUUUGGAGCAGUGAGUCUUUGCAAAUGAAGCAAGAUGGCUAUGGCUAUGUGUGGUUGCCGACACCCCCAGAUGGGUACAAAGCCAUAGGCCACAUUGUCACAAACUCGCCUCAAAAGCCGUCUCCAGAUAAAAUCAUGUGCGUUCGAUCCGACCUCACUGAUCAGUCCGAUGUUGACUCGUGGAUCUGGGGACCAGGCAAGGCGAGAGAUGCGAAUGGAUUCAAUGUGUAUAGUGUGAGGCCCAGCACAAGGGGGACCAAAGCUUUGGGUGUAUCGGUGGGUACUUUUGUGGCCCAAGUUGGUGGGGUGGCCUCUUCUCUGUCUAUAGCUUGUUUGAAGAAUACCAAUUCCAGUUUAUGUUGCAUGCCUAAUCUAAAGCAGAUUGAGGCAUUAAUUCAAGCCUACUCUCCAUUGGUGUACUUCCAUGGAGAUGAAGAGUACCUUCCUUCUUCAGUGAACUGGUUUUUUGGGAAUGGUGCACUAUUAUACAAGAAGGGUGCUGAAGAGUCAAAACCUGUUUCAAUUGAACCCAAUGGCUUGAACCUUCCCCAGGAUGCUUCAAAUGAUGGUGCCUAUUGGUUGGACCUACCUGUGGACGAAGGGGCCAAAGAGAGAGUCAAGAAAGGGGAUUUAGGGAACUCCCAGGUUUAUGUACAUGUGAAACCCAUGAUGGGUGCAACAUUCACAGACAUAGCUAUAUGGGUCUUCUAUCCAUUCAAUGGGCCUGCCAGGGCUAAGGUUGAGUUUGUCAAUGUCUCAUUAGGUAAGAUAGGUGAACAUGUAGGUGAUUGGGAGCAUGUGACCUUAAGAAUCAGCAAUUUCAAUGGGGAGCUGAGGAGGGUUUACUUUUCAGAACACAGUGGGGGAACAUGGGUGGAUGCCCCGGAGCUUGAGUUUCAGAAUGCUAACAAAGCCGUGGCCUAUGCAUCCUUGCAUGGACAUGCUUUCUAUGCAAAGCCAGGACUUGUUUUGCAAGGGAACGGGGGAAUAGGAAUAAGGAACGACACUGAAAAGAGUAAGAUUGUGAUGGAUACUGGAGUGAGUUUUUCAUUGGUCUCAGCAGAGUAUUUGGGCUCAGCUAUUACUGAGCCACCUUGGCUGAACUAUAGUAGGGAAUGGGGUCCAAGAAUUGCUUAUGACACAGCGGAGGAGAUUAAAAAGGUGGAGAAAGCAUUGCCUGGACCCCUUAAAUCUGCUUUUGAGAGAUUUGUCAAGAGCCUCCCAAAUGAAGUACUCGGGGAGGAAGGGCCUACAGGUCCCAAGAUGAAGAACAACUGGAGUGGAGAUGAAUCAUGAAUUAAUUAAUUAAGUUUAAAGGUUUAAGAUCUUUCAUGUCUUAUCUAUCUAUCAAUCUGCUUUUGUAAGUGAAGUUGUGGAUGUAUCAUGCAUGAUUUAUGCGUACAGAUUGGGAUUUGGGAA